CCGUAAGAGUCGCUUGCGCAGAUCGCUGGUCAAGUGAAAAAUAUUUACUUGCAAUAUAGAUUAGUUAAUGAGAUUUAGGUGAAUAAACUAGUUGUCAAAUUGUGGUGGUUAUUUUAGUUCUUAUUUUAAAUUAUUAAAAUAAAUUAAAAAAAAAUGGCGGUGGUACAGCAUGCGAUGAAUGGAUACAAAUAUGUAUUCGAAGAAUUGUCGGAUCCUCGCACAAAAGACUGGUGGCUAGUAUCAGGCCCCGGGCCCCUGCUCACAAUACUGGCCACAUACCUCUACUUCUGCACGAAAGCUGGCCCAAGAUACAUGAAGGAUAAGAAGCCAUAUAACUUGAAACUGUUAGUCAUGGUCUACAAUGUCUUCCAGAUAGCAUUGAGUCUGUUUAUGACUAUCAUUGGUCUGAGCUACUUCUUCACAGAAAGCUAUGACAACAAAUGCUAUUCAGUAGAUUACUCGGACAGCCCGAGGGCUAUGAAAUGGGCAUCAGGAGUGUGGUGGUUUUUCUUCGCGAAGAUCACGGAACUGCUUGAUACGGUCUUCUUCGUGUUAAGAAAGAAGGAGAGACAGAUUUCCUUCCUACAUUUGUACCAUCACACGAUCAUGCCGGUUAUUGGGUGGAUUGGAGUUAAAUAUGCUGCAGGAGGGCAAGCAGUACCUGAGGGUUCCAUCAACGCGUUUAUCCACGUAGUCAUGUACACUUACUACCUGAUCUCGGGUCUCGGACCUCAGUACCAGAAGUACCUGUGGUGGAAGAAACACCUUACCACCAUGCAGCUGAUCCAGUUCUGCCUCGUGGUCUACUUAAACGUCAACAGCCUAUCUUCGAGCAGUUGCAACUACCCCAAGUACCUGAGCUGGCUCGUCAUGUUUAACUGCAUGGCUUUCUUCUAUAUGUUCGGCAAAUUCUACUACAAUAGCUACGUCCAAGGGAGCAAGAAACGGUUCGUCACCGUCUGCGAAAAAGAACUUUGAAGUAAUAAGAAUAAGAGCGAGAUUUGAGUGUCAGUUAACUGCUGUAAUUUUCUGCUUUUGUGGAGUACCUAGGUGGAAUUGAAACUUAUAUGACAUUUUAAGUUGUUGUGUAAGCAAUGUUAUAAUAAGAUUGUUUGUGAUUUUAAUUUAGAGCUUAAAUUAGUUACUUAAAUAUGUAUGUCGAAACUGUGAAAAUCUUAAUUCAUCCCAUUUUUAUAUGGCUUCAUUCAUUUUUAUAUUGAUCCAAUCCUGUUAUUUAUCUAAGAUACCUUGUUAUUAUUUUAUUUUAUACGUUUUCGUGCUGUUAUUGAAAAAUGCGAGAAAAAGUAAGAUUGUGCAACUUGCUAUAACAAUUUUAGUAGGUGUUACUGAAUGCGAUGAAAUUGUGGCACAAAAACCUUAUUUUUAAGUACUACCUUAGUUACUAGGAGUGAAACUUUAGUUCUUCAAGAGGAUUCUUACUUAAAUAACUUUGUUACUUAGGAUAAAAUAUAAUGGCUAGCUGGUUAUGUAGCAGUAUUUUUUAAUUUUUAACUGUAAAUAAAGUGCCUACGUAGUAACAAAAGUUACGAUUCUGUUUAGUGAUAUAAUUUUGAAAUAAAAUAUGUUAAUUAA